AUGGAGGAUGACAGCCGAUACAGGGAUGGCCGCUCGGAAUUCAUCCGCGGGGCCAAGGACAUCGCCAAGGUGGCCAAGAAGCAGGUGGGAAAGAAGGUUGGGCGGGGCAUGGACCGAAUGGCGGAUGAGUACACACGACGUUCUUACAAGCGCUUUGAGGAGGAGGACGAUGAUGAUGACUACGGUGUGAGUGGAGAUGCAGGGUACUACCAUAGUGACAGCCGUGGAGAUGAGGAUGCACACAGUGACUCCACUGAGGGUCACGAUGAAGAGGAUGAGAUCUAUGAAGGAGAGUACCAGGGUAUUCCCCGGGCAGAGGGGAAGGGCCCUGGGCUGGAUGUGCCCCCACAGACCUAUAGGGACCUAGCUGUGGCAGAGGGAGAGCGCAGAAAGGACCAGGAGGAGCUGGCAGAGCAGUACGAGACCAUCCUCCAGGAGUGUGGACACGGCAAGUUCCAGUGGACCCUGUACUUCUGCCUGGGGCUGGCCCUCAUGGCGGAUGGAGUGGAGAUCUUUGUGGUGGGCUUCGUGCUUCCCUUCGCAGAGAAGGAUAUGUGUCUUUCUGAGCCCAACAAGGGCAUGCUGGGGCUGAUCGUAUACCUGGGCAUGAUGGUGGGUGCAUUUGUGUGGGGCGGGCUGGCAGACAGGAUCGGCCGCAGACAGACACUCCUCAUCUCUCUGUCCAUCAACAGCGUGUUUGCCUUCUUCUCAUCAUUCGUACAGGGCUACAGCUCCUUCCUGUUCUGCCGCCUGGCCUCAGGAGUGGGCAUUGGUGGCUCCAUUCCCAUAGUCUUCUCCUAUUAUUCUGAGUUCCUGGCCCAGGAGAAGCGAGGGGAGCAUCUGAGCUGGCUCUGCAUGUUCUGGAUGAUUGGAGGUAUCUAUGCAUCAGCGAUGGCUUGGGCAAUCAUCCCACACUACGGUUGGAGCUUCCAGAUGGGCUCUGCAUACCAGUUCCACAGCUGGAGGGUCUUUGUGCUGGUGUGUGCCUUUCCCGCUGUGGCCGCUAUCUCUGCCCUGACCACCAUGCCAGAGAGCCCACGCUUCUUCCUUGAGAAUGGGAAACAUGAUGAGGCCUGGAUGAUCCUGAAACAGGUCCAUGACACCAAUAUGAGGGCCAAGGGAUAUCCUGAACGCGUCUUCUCUGUGACCACCAUAAAGACUGUGAAGCCUCGGGAUGAGCUGGUGGACAUGGGAGAUGGUGCACCCUGGUAUGACAAGUGGAGGAUAAAACUCACAGCACUGUUCCAUCAGGUGUGGGAAAACUUCCAGGCUGUGUUCUCUCCUCAAUACCGCCGCACCACCUACAUGAUGAUGGCUGUCUGGUUUUCCAUGUCCUUCAGUUACUACGGCCUGACAGUGUGGUUCCCUGACAUGAUCAAGUACCUUCAGAAGCAAGACUACGCCUCCCGCACUAAGGUCUUCAUGAAGGAGAAGGUGGAGCAUGUCACCUUCAACUUCACCCUGGAGAACCAGAUCCACCGUCAGGGAGCCUACUUCAAUGACAGGUUUGUCAAUCUGAAGAUGAAGUCUAUGGUCUUUGAGGACUCACUGUUUGAGGAGUGUUAUUUUGAGGACGUGACUUCUAGUAACACCUUCUUCAAGAACUGCACUUUCAUUGCCACGGUCUUCUACAACACAGAUCUGUUCAAGUAUCGGCUCAUCAAUAGUAAGCUGAUCAAUAGUACCUUCAGGCACAACAAGGAGGGCUGUCUGCUCAGUGAUGUAGGGGAUGACAACAACGCUUACAUGGUGUACUUCGUCAGUUUCCUCGGUACACUGGCAGUCUUGCCGGGGAACAUUGUGUCUGCACUGCUCAUGGACAAGAUUGGGCGCCUGCGAAUGUUAGCGGGCUCCAGUGUGAUCUCCUGUGUCAGCUGCUUCCUGCUCUCCUUCGGAAACAGUGAAUCAGCCAUGAUCGCUCUGCUCUGUCUCUUUGGAGGCAUCAGCAUUGCCUCCUGGAACUCUCUGGAUGUCCUGACCGUGGAGCUGUACCCCUCAGAUAAGAGAACCACGGCCUUUGGGUUCCUGAAUGCUCUGUGUAAGUUGGCAGCGGUCCUGGGCAUCAGUAUCUUCACCUCCUUUGUGGGCAUCACUAAAGCCGUGCCAAUCCUCUUUGCCUCUGGAGCACUGGCCGCCGGCAGCUUUCUGGCUCUCAAACUCCCAGAAACCAGGGGCCAGGUGCUCAAAUAG